CACCCCACUCUCCAUAUUUGUCAUUUCUUGGCUUUAACAACUCAAAAACACCACCCCCAAAAUCUCCAAUUUGUUAUGUACUUACUGACUACUGUAUUCUGUAUUCUGUAUUCUGUAUAUAAAUACAUAACCCAUCAAAUCUCAACAACUUAUCCCAAUUAUCUCACUUUUACCCUAAACCAACCAACAGAAAAUUAAACAUGAGGAACAAACUCUUGUUUAUAAACACUUUCUUCUUCUUUUUCUUCCUUUUAAGGGCGUCAUCUCUCUCGUUGCCCCUAUCGACAAAUUCCCGAUGGAUUGUCGACCAGGAUGGGCAGAGAGUGAAAUUGGCGUGUGUGAACUGGGUGUCACACCUCGAGUUAGUGGUUACAGAAGGGCUAACUAAACAACCAGUUGAUGUGAUCACUAAGAAAAUUAGUGAUUUGGGGUUUAAUUGUGUUAGGUUUACUUGGCCUCUUUUUUUAGCGACUAAUGAGAGUUUGGCUUCUCAGACUGUUCAACAGUCUUUCUUAAAUGCUGGACUUGCGGAUUCUAUUCCUGAUUUGCAAGCUAAUAAUCCUUCCUUUCUUGAUCUCUCCCUCAUCAAUGCUUUUCAGGCAGUGGUUGAAAGCCUAACAGAAAACAAAGUGAUGGUGAUAUUAGACAAUCACUUGAGUAAACCAGGUUGGUGUUGUAGUAAUUCGGAUGGCAAUGGCUUCUUUGGGGAUCAAUACUUCGAUCCUGAACUUUGGAUUAGUGGUUUGACUAAAAUGGCUACUCUUUUUAAAGAUAAUCCAUAUGUUGUUGCCAUGAGUUUAAGGAAUGAACUUCGUGGACCCAGGCAGAAUGCUAAUGAUUGGUACAGGUACAUGCAAAGAGGAGCCGAAGCCGUGCAUGGAGCCAACCCAAAUAUACUAAUCAUUCUCUCAGGCUUAAACUUCGACAAAGACUUCAAAUUCCUAAACAACCAACCAGUUUCCCUUACUUUCACAGGAAAAUUAGUAUUCGAAAUGCACUGGUAUGCCUUUACAGAUGGGGAAGCAUGGAAAAAUGGAAACCCAAAUGAAGUUUGUGGAAAGGUGACCAACUACAUAAUGGGAAUGUCUGGUUUUCUUCUUAGUAAAGGCUUUCCUUUGUUUGUAAGUGAAUGGGGUGUAGAUUUGAGAGGAACAAAUGAAAAUGAUAAUAGGUACUUGAAUUGUAUUCUUGCUUGGAUUGCUGAUAAUGAUUUAGAUUGGGCAUUAUGGACUUGGGCAGGCACUUAUUAUUUAAGACAAGGGGUUAAAGGUAUGGUUGAGUACUAUGGUCUGCUUAAUUCAGAUUGGACUGAUGUAAGGAAUUCCAGUUUUUUGGACAGAAUUUCAGUUUUACAGUCUCCACUUCAAGGGCCAGGAUUAUCAGAGAGGAAUAAACACAAGAUAAUAUAUCACCCUUCAACAGGACUGUGCAUCCAAAGAAAACCAGUGAUGGGAGUUCAGCUUGGAAAUUGUUUAGAAUCCAAUCACUGGACUUACACUCCUGAAAAGAGCCUUACAAUUAAGGGUUCAUACUUUUGUUUACAAGCACAAGGUUUGAAUAGCCCUGCAAGACUAAGUAUUCAAUGUGCAGGGAUGGGAACAAGUUGGACACCCAUUUCGGAUUCGAAACUGCAUCUCUCAGCAACAUUAAGAAAGAGUAGUAAUGUUUGUUUGGAUGUUGAUUCUAAUAACAAUGUCAUUACAAGUAAAUGCAAGUGUUUGAGUAAAGAUAGUAAGUGUGAUCCUGAGAGUCAAUGGUUUAAGAUUGUUGAUGCUACUGAUGUGAUUACCACUGGUUUACAAUCACAGGCCCAGGGUCACAGCCUCAGUUGAUGUUUUAUAUAGCUUUAUAUAUAUAUAUAUAUAUAUAUAUAUAUAUAUAUAUAUAUAUAUAUAUAUGUACAUGGUUCCAUAUUUGAGAAUCCUAUAAAAAUGCCUUGACCAAAUCAUGAAAAGAAAGUACAACAUUAUCCUUGUAUGAGCAUCAUGAUUCUUCAAAGUCACAAAUGACACGGCAAUUUCAAUAUUGAGUUUUCCUCCCGUCUUUCUAAAUUUGUUACAUUUUGAAUUAAUUGGUAAUGGAUUUUUUCACAACCUGAUUAGUUGAUUUUUAAGUUUUAGCUAGUUUUCACUUUUCUUUAUAUGCU